GUCAUGGCAGUGCGCUUAGCUCUGAGCUCGGCAAAGAAGGAGCUGCUGAGGCCCGUGAAGGGAGUCUUCGCUGGGUGGAGAAAGAUAGGGACUUCUGCCUCUGCCUCAGUCUCCGUCCCUGCCAACCAGGGCAAGUUCAGGACUGAGGACGACCUCCCUUGCAUAGGAAGCCUACAGCUGCUGUACAGAGUUGUCUUUCAGGGAUACCUCAAACGCAUGCAUGAGCUGCAGGUCCAUGAGAAGCAGCUGUACGGAUCCAUUUACAAGGUCAAAGCUGGAGGUCAUCACUUCAUUGCCCUGAACAGCGUGGAGUUCAUGGAGGAGCUUUUGAGAAAGGAUGAAAAGUUCCCCUGUCGGGGAGACAUGACCAUCUGGACUGAGUACCGUGACCUGAAGGGAAUCGGCUACGGCCCUUUUACUGAGGAGGGGGAGAGAUGGUACCAGCUGCGAGCCAUUCUCAACAAGCGCAUGCUCCAUCCCAAAGACUCUGUGCAGUAUGGUGAUGUGAUCAAUGAGGUCGUCACAGACUUUGUCAAAAGAAUAUACCACAUACGCCAAGCCAGCUCUUCAGGAGACCUGGUGACCGACCUGUCCAAUGAGCUGUACCGAUUUGCUCUGGAGGGAAUCUCCACCAUUCUGUUCGAGACACGCAUCGGGUGCCUGGAGAAUGAAAUCCCUGCAGAGACUCAAGACUUCAUUGAUUCCAUCGGCAGGAUGUUCUCCUACAGCAUGAUAGUGGAUUUGCUGCCCAAGUGGACACGUAACCUCCUGCCCUUCUGGGGCCAGUACAUCUCUGGCUGGGAUGGCAUAUUCAGAUUUGCCAGGAAACUGAUUGACAGCAAAAUGAAGGCCAUUCAGCACCGUGUGGACCUGGGCCAGGAGGUAGAGGGGGAGUACCUCACCUACCUGCUGUCCAACAAGAAACUGACCAAAAAGGAUGUGUAUGGCAGCAUUGCAGAGCUGCUAUUAGCUGGAGUAGAUUCGACGUCCAACACCAUGAUGUGGGCCCUCUAUGAGCUGUCCCGGGCACCAGAAGUACAGGACAGGCUGCAUAAGGAGGUGUCCAGUUGUGUUUCUGCGGACAGGAUCCCCACAGCUCAGGACUUUGCCCGCAUGCCGUACCUCAAGGCAGUCAUUAAGGAGACACUGAGGCGGCAUCCUGUUGUUCCCAUGAAUGCUCGGCUCAUGACUGAAAGUGAUGUGUCAAUCGGAGGAUAUUUUUUUCCAAAGAAGACCGCGUUCUCGCUCUGCCAUUAUGCAAUGAGCCAAGAUGAGAAGAUCUUCCCAGAGCCGUGGAAAUUCAAACCGGAGCGCUGGCUGAGGGACGGACAGAAGCGGCCCCACCCCUUUGGCUCCAUCCCUUUUGGGUAUGGGGUGCGAGGCUGCGUCGGCCGAAGGAUUGCUGAGCUGGAGAUGUACCUGGCUCUGUCACGGAUAAUCAGACUGUUUGAAAUAAGACCAGACCCCAGUGUGGGAGAAGUCAAAGCUCUAACUCGGACUGUCCUGGUGGCAGACAGACAAGUGAAUCUGCACUUCCAGGAAAGGGAUGGAAUCUCUGCUCGUUGAUUCAGUCCAAGGUUUUCAAGCAAUAGGUGACAGAUGAAAAGAAAUCAGACUGCCAGAAACUUCAGUGGGUCCUGAGAUUCAGUGGUGAGGAUUAAGUGAAGAUAAAUGACCCUUUGCUAAUGAUGUCAUUCCUGUAAUUUCCUGUUUUUCACUUGUUCCAUUAUACAUAUUUCUAUGUAUAAUAAUGGAAUCAUUAAGAACAUGUAUUUGUUAUUCUUCCCCGCUAUUAAAUCAAUUUGUACAGUCAAAUUAUACAGUUUGCAAGAGGCUAAUUGUGACCUUACUGAAAUAAAAACAAUCAUUUAGCCUACAAGGAGGAAUUACUGAAAGAGGGUUAAGAGCAUCCACAACAAAGAGGAUAUCUUUGAGCGAAAGAGUGCAUAAGCAUGUAAUAAAAUGCGGGGAACUUCUAUGAGACAAUAAUUUGAAUUAUUUUCUACAGACAGUCCACUUGUAUUCAAAGAAAUUAAAAGAACUGAUCAAAACAUCUGACAGUGUAUCUAUAAUCAGAUGCAUAAAUACACAGGAAAGACCGUUAUGUUUUACACGUUUUAUUUGUUCUUUUGGGAAUAUCCAUCACUUACAACUUGAAAGCCAUCCUUGCUCAUACA